UCCCGCGCGCGUCAUGCCGAGCCUCCCGGCCCCGCCGGCCCCGCGCCUGCUCCUCGGGCUGCUGCUGCUCGGCUCCCGGGCGGCCCGCGGCGCCGGCCCCGAGCCCCCCGCGCUGCCCAUCCGCUCCGAGAAGGAGCCGCUGCCGGUGCGGGGAGCGGCAGGCUGCUCCUUCGGCGGGAAGGUCUACGCCUUGGACGAGACGUGGCACCCCGACCUGGGGGAGCCCUUCGGGGUGAUGCGCUGCGUGCUGUGCGCCUGCGAGGCGCCCCCGUGGGGUCGCCGCGGGAGGGGCCCCGGCCGGGUGAGCUGCAAGAACGUCAGCCCCGAGUGCCCGCCGCCGGCCUGCGGGCAGCCGCUGCAGCUGCCGGGACACUGCUGCCAGACCUGCCCCCAGGAGCGCAGCGGUCCCGAGCCGCGGACGCCGGGCCUGCCCUUCGAGUAUCCCCGGGACCCGGAGCACCGCAGCUACAGCGACCGCGGGGCGCCCCGCGCCGAGGACCGGCCCCGCGCCGCCGCCGACGGCCACUCGGACUUCGUGGCGCUGCUGACCGGGCCGAGGUCGCGGGCCGUGGCUCGCGCCCGGGUCUCGCUGCUCCGCUCCAGCCUCCGCUUCUCCAUCUCCUACCAGCGACUGGAGCGCCCCAGCAGGGUCCGAUUCUCCGACCCCACCGGGACUGUCCUGUUUGAACACCCUGCAGCCCCCAUCCGCGAUGGCCUGAUCUGCGGGGUCUGGCGGGCUGUGCCUCGGUUGUCCCUGCGGUUCCUGAGGGCAGAACAGCUCCAUGUGGCGCUUGUGACGCCCACCCACCCUUCAGGGGAGGUCUGGGGUCCUCUCCUCCGCCACCGGGCCCUGGCUGCAGAGACAUUCAGUGCCAUCCUGACCCUGGAGGGCUCCCAGCAGGAGGGCACGGGCGGCAUCGCCUUGCUCACCCUCAGCGACGCCGAGGACUCCCUGCAUUUUCUACUGCUCUUCCGGGGGCUGCUGGGCCCCAGGACCGGGGCGCCGGCCCAGAUUCCCGUGAGGCUCCAGAUCCUGCACCAGGGGCAGCUGCUGCGAGAGCUCGAGGCCAACGUCUCGGCGCAGGAGCCGGGCUUCGCCGAGGUGCUGCCCCACUUGACAGCCCAGGAGAUGGACUGGCUGGGGCUCGGGGAGCUGCAGAUGGCCCUGGAGAGGGCGGGGGAGCCCGAGCUGCGCCUCAGCGGACACGUGGCUGCCAGACAGAGCUGCGAGGUCCUGCAGAGCGUCCUUUGCGGGGCGGAGGCCCUGGUCCCCGUCCAGACCGGCGCCGCUGGCUCUGCCAGCUUCACGCUGCUAGGCAACGGCUCCCUGAUCUACCAGGUAAGAGUCAGGGCUGGGGGCGGGGGGUGUGGGGGGGGGCGACAGGCCAGGGCCUUGGUGUGCAGGAGUUCAGGCCCUCCACCUUGGCUGCCACUCCCACAGACCCUUCUCGAACCCGCCACCCAGAUACAGGUCGUAGGGACCGGCAGCGAGGUGGUGGCCAUGACCCUGGAGACCAAGCCUCCGCGGAGGGACCAGCGCACUGUCCUGUGCCGCCUGGCUGGACUGCAGCCCGGAGGACGCACGGCUGCGGGCGUCUGCUCAGGGCUCGGUGCCCGCGGGGCUCACAUGUUGCUGCAGAACGAGCUGUUCCUGAACGUGGGCACCAAGGACUUCCCGGACGGAGAGCUGCGGGGCCACGUGGCGGCCCUGCCCUACAGCGGGCACAGUGCCCGCCACGACGCGUCGCCGGUGCCCCUGGCUGGAGCGCUGGUGCUGCCUCGAGUGCGGAGCCCGGCGGCGGGACACGCGUGGCUGUCCCUGGACGCGCACUGCCACUUACACUACGAAGUGCUGCUGGCCGGGCUCGGGGGCUCGGAGCAGGGCACCGUCACCGCUCACCUCCUGGGGCCGCCCGGGACCCCGGGACCCCGGCGGCUGCUCAGAGGGUUCUACGGCCCGGAGGCCCAGGGUGUGGUGAAGGAUCUGGAGCCCCAGCUGCUGGGGCACCUGGCCCAGGGCACGGCGUCCCUGCUGAUCGCCACCAAGGGCAGCCCCCGCGGGGAGCUCCGAGGGCAGGUGCACAUCGCCAACCAGUGCGAGGCGGGGGGCCUGCGCCUGGCGGCCGUCGGGGCAGCCGGGGCGCCGCGGGCUCGGGCGCCCGGGGCUCCGGACGCCGCGCUCCCGGCCUGGCCCGCGGGCCCCGCCCCGGAGGCAGCCGCGCCCGCCAAGCCCGGAGGCGUCGGGCGGCCCCGGGACCCCAACACGUGCUUCUUCGAGGGGCAGCAGCGCCCCCACGGGGCUCGCUGGGCGCCCCACUACGACCCGCUCUGCUCGCUCUGCACCUGCCAGAGACGCACGGUGAUCUGCGACCCGGUGGUGUGCCCCGCGCCCGGCUGCCCGCACCCCGUGCAGACGCACGGCCAGUGCUGCCCCGUGUGCCCUCAGAAACAAGACGGCAGGGACCUGCCAGGGCUGCCGAGGAGCCGGGACCCCGGAGAGGGCUGUUAUUUUGAUGGUGACCGGAGCUGGCGGGCUGCAGGUACCCGGUGGCACCCCGUCGUACCCCCCUUUGGCUUAAUUAAGUGUGCUGUCUGCACCUGCAAGGGGGGCACCGGAGAGGUGCACUGUGAGAAGGUGCAAUGUCCCCGGCUGGCCUGCGCCCAGCCCGUCCGCGCCAACCCCACCGACUGCUGCAAACAGUGUCCAGCAGUAGGGUCAGUGGCCCACCCCCAACUGGGGGACCCCAUGCAGGCUGAUGGGCCCCGGGGCUGCCGUUUUGCCGGGCAGUGGUUCCCGGAAAGCCAGAGCUGGCAUCCCUCAGUGCCCCCCUUUGGGGAGAUGAGCUGCAUCACCUGUCGAUGCGGGGCGGGGGUGCCCCACUGUGAGCGCAAGGACUGCUCCCCAGCACUGUCCUGUGGCUCGGGGAAGGAGGCUCGGUGCUGCUCCCACUGCACACCCCGACGGCCAGGACUGGAGACCAGGACGGUUCCACAGCCAGAGAAAGACGCGGAAGGCUCCUAGGGAGCAGCCGCCAGGCCUCACGACCAAGAGGAAGGAAGGGCCUGAGCUGGGGCAGGGCUGGCGCUGAGGACGCUGCGUCUUCCAGGGGGAAACUCUGCGCCUUGGGCCCCUCCGCUCCGCCUCUUCUCCCUUCCCCACUACCUCCGGGAAGCAGACCUUCACCAGGGCGGGGGCAGCCCCAGCAAGGCCAGGUCCGCUCCAGCUCUGCCCUGCUCCCCUCUGGCCCCUGCCCUGGAAGCCCAGCUCCUUUCAUUCUGUACAUAGUGUCACUGGCUUGUUGUGAUUUUUUAAUUUAUCCUCACUCAGCCCCAAGGGUCCCCUGACACCAUUCCUGCUGCCCCUGAGCUGAGCAGAGUCAUUAUUAGAGAUUUUUGUAUUUAUUAAAACUUUUUCUUUUGUC